AUGAAACGGCAAAUUAUAGACUUGCGUCGACUUGGUAAUUGGAUAAGAGCUCGAUCCAUGCCCAUCCCGAUCACUCUCACAAAUGUAGGAAUAAAUCAAGCAAGCGUGAGCUUCAACACUCUCACCAUGGAGUCAGAUAAAUUUAUCUGUGUGCGUGAAAAAGUCGGAGAAACAUCACAAGUGGUGAUAAUUGAUAUGGCUGACCCAACAAACCCCAUUCGCCGGCCCAUCUCUGCGGAUUCUGCCAUUAUGAACCCUGCCAGCAAGGUCAUCGCACUCAAAGGCAAGGCUGGCGUUGAAGUAGCCCAGAAAAUCUUAAUGAAGGAAAAAGAAAAAAAAGGAUUUUUGCUCUGUGUACUUAUUUUAUCUUUUGCAACUACGGGCGGAGCAGCCCAGAAGACACUGCAGAUCUUCAAUAUAGAGAUGAAGAGUAAAAUGAAAGCCCACACAAUGACUGAAGAAGUUAUUUUUUGGAAGUGGAUUUCCCUAAACACAUUGGCUUUGGUCACAGAAACAUCUGUGUACCAUUGGAGUAUGGAAGGAGAUUCGAUUCCUCAGAAAAUGUUUGAUCGCCAUUCCAGUCUUAAUGGUUGCCAGAUCAUAAAUUACCGAACAGAUCCCAAACAGUCGUGGCUUCUGCUCAUUGGCAUUUCUGCACAGCAAAACAGGGUUGUUGGUGCUAUGCAGUUAUAUUCAGUGGAACGUAAGUGUUCUCAACCCAUUGAAGGUCAUGCAGCAUCUUUUGCUCAAUUUAAAAUGGAAGGAAAUGCAGAACUUUCCACACUUUUCUGUUUUGCUGUAAGGACUGUUCAGGGUGGCAAGUUACACAUUAUUGAAGUUGGUCAACCACCGGCUGGCAACCAAAAUUUUGCUAAGAAAGCUGUUGAUGUUUUCUUUCCUCCAGAAGCCCAAAAUGACUUCCCUGUAGCAAUGCAGGUUAGUGCGAAAUACGAUGUAAUUUAUCUCAUCACAAAAUAUGGCUAUAUUCACAUGUACGACAUAGAAACGGCUACAUGCAUUUAUAUGAAUCGCAUCAGUGGUGACACUAUAUUUGUGACAGCACCACAUGAAGCAUCAGGUGGCAUUAUUGGAGUCAAUCGUAAAGGGCAGGUUUUGUCAGUUUCUGUAGAAGAGGAUAACAUAAUUCCUUACAUCAAUAGCGUGUUACAAAAUCCUGAUUUAGCUCUUCGAAUGGCUGUUCGAAAUAAUUUGGCUGGGGCAGAGGAUUUGUUUGUUCGCAAAUUCAAUUUAAUGUUUCAAAAUGGACAGUAUGCUGAGGCAGCCAAGGUAGCAGCAAAUGCUCCAAAAGGAAUUCUACGCACUCCUCAAACCAUUCAGAGGUUUCAGCAGGUUCCCACUCCUCAGGGCCAGACCUCCCCACUCUUACAAUACUUUGGCAUUCUGCUGGACCAGGGGCAAUUAAACAAAUAUGAGUCUUUAGAGCUUUGCCGGCCUGUUCUUCAACAAGGGCGCAAACAACUUCUUGAGAAAUGGCUCAAAGAAGACAAAUUGGAGUGCUCAGAAGAAUUGGGAGACUUGGUGAAACAAGCAGAUCCCACACUAGCUUUGUCAGUUUACCUUAGAGCUAAUGUUCCAAACAAGGUGAUCCAGUGUUUUGCUGAAACUGGCCAGUUUCAAAAAAUUGUUUUGUAUGCAAAGAAAGUGGGUUACACUCCUGAAUAUGUCUUCUUACUGCGAAAUGUAAUGAGAAUCAACCCUGACCAAGGAGUAUCGUUUGCACAAAUGUUAGUCCAAGAUGAUGAACCUUUAGCUGAUAUUAACCAGAUUGUCGAUAUCUUCAUGGAGCAGAACAUGGUACAACAAUGUACAGCUUUCUUGUUAGAUGCACUGAAGAACAAUAGACCUGCAGAAGGUCCAUUACAAACUCGUCUGCUAGAAAUGAAUUUGAUGUCAGCUCCUCAGGUAGCUGAUGCUAUUCUCGGCAACCAAAUGUUCACUCAUUAUGAUCGUGCUCAUAUUGCACAACUGUGUGAAAAAGCUGGUCUUCUUCAGCGUGCCCUAGAGCAUUAUACUGAUUUAUAUGAUAUAAAGAGAGCUGUGGUUCACACACAUCUUCUCAAUCCUGAGUGGCUGGUUGGAUAUUUUGGUACCUUGUCUGUGGAAGACUCUUUGGAAUGUUUAAAAGCUAUGCUGACUGCAAAUAUCAGACAGAAUCUUCAAAUAUGUGUCCAGAUUGCUACCAAGUACCAUGAACAACUUACUACAAAAGCCCUUAUUGACUUAUUUGAGUCUUUCAAGAGUUAUGAAGGACUGUUUUAUUUCCUUGGUUCAAUAGUCAAUUUUAGUCAGGAUCAAGAAGUGCACUUCAAGUAUAUACAGGCUGCAUGCAAAACAGGUCAAAUAAAGGAAGUAGAGCGAAUCUGCCGGGAAUCAAAUUGUUACAACCCAGAAAGAGUUAAGAACUUCCUUAAAGAAGCAAAGUUGACAGAUCAGUUACCUCUUAUCAUAGUUUGUGAUCGCUUUGACUUCGUUCAUGACCUUGUUCUCUAUUUGUAUAGAAACAAUUUACAGAAAUAUAUUGAGAUCUAUGUUCAAAAGGUUAAUCCAUCAAGACUGCCAGUUGUGAUAGGUGGACUUCUAGAUGUUGACUGUUCAGAAGACAUUAUAAAGAACUUAAUUCUGGUUGUUCGAGGACAGUUCUCCACUGAUGAAUUAGUGGAGGAAGUUGAGAAGAGAAAUAGGCUGAAAUUGUUGCUUCCAUGGCUGGAAUCAAGAGUACAUGAAGGCUGUGUAGAACCUGCUACUCAUAAUGCCUUGGCCAAAAUUUAUAUAGACAGUAAUAACAAUCCUGAAAGAUUUCUCAAGGAGAAUCAAUUCUACGAUAGUAGAGUAGUAGGAAAAUACUGUGAGAAGAGGGACCCACAUCUUGCUUGUGUAGCCUAUGAAAGAGGGCAGUGUGAUAGAGAACUCAUCAAUGUGUGCAAUGAAAACUCUCUCUUUAAAUCAGAAGCAAGGUAUCUUGUGAGGAGGAGAGAUCCAGAACUGUGGGCAGAGGUGCUAAAUGAGAUUAAUCCAUACAAAAGACCUUUAAUUGACCAGGCAAGUGUUUUUUUGAUAAUAAUUGAUAACGUAGUGCAAACAGCAUUAUCAGAAACUCAGGAUCCAGAAGACAUUUCUGUCACUGUAAAAGCUUUCAUGACUGCAGAUCUUCCUAAUGAAUUAAUAGAGUUGUUGGAAAAAAUUGUGCUAGAUAAUUCUGUGUUCAGUGAUCAUCGAAACUUGCAAAACCUGCUUAUACUAACAGCUAUCAAAGCUGAUCGUAGUCGUGUAAUGGAGUACAUUAAUAGAUUGGACAACUAUGAUGCUCCUGAUAUAGCAAAUAUUGCCAUUAACAACCAGUUGUAUGAAGAAGCUUUUGCGAUCUUCAAGAAAUUUGAUGUCAAUACAUCUGCCAUUCAAGUACUCAUUGACAAUGUAAAUAACCUGGAUCGAGCUUAUGAAUUUGCAGAGCGUUGCAAUGAACCUGCUGUUUGGAGCCAGCUUGCCAAAGCUCAGCUUCAACAGGGAUUGGUGAAGGAAGCCAUAGACUCUUUCAUUAAAGCCGAUGAUCCCUCUGCCUACAUGGAUGUAGUGGAAACGGCUCACAAAACAGGGAGCUGGGAAGAUCUUGUAAGAUAUUUACAAAUGGCUCGCAAGAAGGCUCGGGAAUCAUACAUAGAAUCAGAGUUGAUUUAUGCCUAUGCUCGCACAAACAGAUUAGCAGAUUUGGAAGAGUUCAUUUCUGGGCCUAACCAUGCUGACAUUCAAAAGAUUGGUGACCGGUGCUUUGAUGAUGGUAUGUAUGAAGCAGCCAAAUUGCUCUAUAAUAAUGUCUCAAACUUUGCCCGACUGGCUAUUACAUUAGUUCACCUGAAAGAAUUCCAAGGAGCUGUGGAUGGAGCAAGGAAAGCAAAUAGCACACGAACAUGGAAAGAAGUCUGCUUUGCAUGUGUAGACAGUGAAGAAUUUCGUCUGGCCCAAAUGUGUGGUUUGCACAUAGUUGUCCAUGCAGAUGAGCUUGAGGACCUCAUCAAUUACUACCAGGAUAGAGGUUACUUUGAAGAACUCAUCAAUCUCCUUGAAGCUGCCUUAGGUUUAGAAAGAGCGCACAUGGGGAUGUUUACAGAACUGGCAAUUCUCUAUUCAAAGUACAAACCAGCCAAGAUGCGUGAACAUCUAGAGCUUUUCUGGUCUCGUGUUAACAUUCCAAAGGUAUUACGGGCAGCAGAACAAGCUCAUUUGUGGGCAGAACUUGUUUUCUUGUAUGAUAAAUAUGAAGAAUAUGAUAAUGCAGUUAUUGCUAUGAUGAACCAUCCUACAGAAGCAUGGCGAGAAGGCCACUUCAAAGAUAUUAUUACGAAGGUGGCUAAUAUUGAAUUGUAUUAUAAAGCUAUUCAGUUCUACUUGGACUACAAACCUCUUUUGUUGAAUGAUGUGCUGCUUGUCCUUGCACCAAGGAUGGACCACACAAGAUCUGUCAAUUUCUUCACAAAGGUGAAUCACCUUCAAUUGGUGAAGCCUUAUUUAAGAUCAGUGCAGUCUCUCAACAACAAAGCAAUUAAUGAGGCCUUGAACAACCUUCUCAUCGAAGAGGAAGAUUAUCAAGGGUUGCGCACCUCGAUAGAUGCUUUUGAUAAUUUUGACAAUAUCGCCCUCGCACAGAAACUAGAGAAGCAUGAGUUGAUUGAAUUCAGACGUAUUGCUGCAUACCUGUACAAAGGCAAUAAUCGCUGGAAGCAAUCUGUAGAGCUCUGUAAAAAGGAUAGACUGUUUAAGGAUGCCAUGGAGUAUGCAGCAGAGAGCAAAAGUGCAGAAGUGGCAGAAGAGUUGCUUGCAUGGUUCCUUGAGAAAGGGUGUCAUGAUUGUUUUGCAGCAUGCCUCUUCCAGUGCUAUGAUCUGCUUCAUCCAGAUGUUAUCCUCGAAUUAGCCUGGCGUCAUGGAAUUAUGGAUUUUGCAAUGCCAUAUCUUGUUCAAGUCACACGAGAAUACAUUUCUAAGGUUGAUAAACUUGAGGAAUCAGAAUCGCAGAGGCUUGAAGAGACUGCGCAACAGGACCAUAAACCUAUGAUAAUGCCGGAACCUCAGCUCAUGUUGACAGCAGGCCCUGGGAUGAUGGGACCCGGUUACACUCCAGCGUACCCUAAUGCCUACCCACAGGGCAUGCCAUACCAGGGCUACAGUAUGUAGGUGUCGCCCACUCACUAGCCUGCCCUGCAACCCUGCCGCCCUCUGUCCUGCUGCAGCAGCAGUCGAGGAAUCGGUGCACUUGUGCCUCUAGGCCUCCCCUUCUGCACACACUGUGCUUGGACCAGGCCCGCAGGACUGGUGCAGUGAGUGUGGAGAGUGUGGUGUUGUGUUCUCGCAACAAAAACAAGUGUGUCGCAUCCCACCACAAUUGCUGUUGCUGCUGUUGGUCAGUGUCGAUUAUAGUUGUUCUUGUUUGUUCCGCGAAAGGCAAAGAACUAUUUGCAUUACCCACAAAGGCCUCGUGGAGAAACAAGUGUGUAGCGUAAGCUUAACGUGUGGUACGAGGGUAUCUCCAGGAACCCUCCAGUUGGUAUUUUGCCCGGUAAAAAUGUUUUUUCUUUGAGUAAUAUUUAAAGCAUUUAAGAAUGAUAAAGCCAGUUGGCUUGUAUGUUAACAAAUGUUGAUAGUUUCCAGUGGUAUAGGGUUGGUGAGUUCUUGAAAUGUCUUUUUUAUGAAUGUCCUUUUUGUUUUGUCAUGUUGUUUUCUAAUGAGAUGUUAUUUAAAAAAAGCAAUCAAUUGUAGAUAGCUUCUGAAGAGUGCAUUAUGUCUGAUUAGAUGGAGUUCAUGUAAAUUGGCAAUGAUCGCUGGGAUAUAGACGUGCUAGAUAUGGAAGCUUGUUGUUACGAAAAAAUUAGUUACAGUUCAGUGACCUUGCUGCUAACUAGUAUAAGUGAAAGUGUACAGAAUAUUAAUUUUUGUUGCAUUAAAUUUCUGUAAUCAGGUAUAUUGAAAACUAUCAUACUUUAAAAAUCCUGUCUUAUUGCAUCUUUCUCUGUCCUUCCAUCUUUGGUGUUCCUAAACGUGCAAAAAUCUUCCUGUUAGAAUGUACUUUAUGAACAUACUAUAAGAUAGGAGGUCAUGAAGAACAGAUGACAAUAUAAGGACAUUAGUUUUGGUUUCUAAUAGUAAUUGGGAUUAUGUUUCUCUCCACUUCUUUCAUCUGUUGAUGGUUAAUGCAGUGAGAGUUUACUUUAACCCAAUGGUUCACUCAAACCGGUAUAUACAUAUUAUAUAUAAUUCUUAAAUAUAUAUAUACACAUACUGAAAAAUUGCUGAAACUGUUUCUCAAAUUAUGGUGUGUGGAGAAUAGUACGGCAUGUUUUUAGAAUGUCAAAAUGCAGGACUGGAAGCAAGUGUUAAUAUGUACCUUACAGCCUUCAAUCCCACUCCGUAUAAUUGUUUAAUCACUCUUUUGGGUUCUGUAUAUUGUAAAUCCAUUCCAGUCUAAAGUUCAUGAAAUUAGAAAUGGAGGAAUGCUUUAAGGUGACUAGAAGCACACAACUGGAAAAUGAAUAGAACACCAUAAGCUGGUCUUGCUCUUUGAAGCAAAUCCUCAAAUAAUAAUUUGCUUAAUGUCAGAUCAGCAGGGGUAUAGUAACAAGUAUUCUUGUCACUUACUGUAAACAUGUUUUGGUAUCAAUAGGAUUCUUAAGCAAUUGGUAUUAUGUUAUGGAAUAACGUUCAGGAAUCAAUGUUAUUGCAAUUCUAUGAUUAGGCAUAUUUUAUUCAUUAUAAAUGUAUUCAUAUUUAUUUCUGAAAAUCAUAUUGAUAUUUCUUUGUUAAGUCUAUUUUCAAUUUGUUGAGUAUGUUUAUAAAAGAACAAAAUUAUGGAUGCAACUAAUGUAAUACAGUGAUGACACUAACUAUAAAUGUAAAGAGAUAUAAGAAAGAUAAUAAAGUAAUUUAAAGAUAAUUCACAUUUUGAUUCAAAAUCAUUUAGGGGCAGAACAUUUUACUUUGCAUAAAAAGCUUGUUGAAAUGUUGGUGCUCGUAGAACUUUGCCUUGUUUAACUCUUAAGGGCCAUGACCGAAUGAACCAUCCCUUUUGUUACAUGUUCAAAAUGCCAUUCUGAUUAUGUCCUCAAGUUUUAAUCUUCCUCUUUUUUCCCCCUCUCCCUUCUCCUAAAAAUGUAUCCCUUUUUAAAAAAUGUUUAGUUUGCGAGGCAAAAACCUCUUCUGUAAUAAUGGUACAUUUUCAUUCCAUAGACAAUGCUUUAGGAAACUUAAACUUUGUUAUAAGCCUUUAUGGAUUAUACUUGCAGAGUUAAGUCAACUUCAUGGGACAGCUGGCAUUCAGAUUACAAUAAUUAAAUUCAAUCAAAGUGCAAAUUGUGGAAAAAAAUUGCUGUAAUUUUUCAUAAAUUGUCAGUCUUAAAGCAAUAGUGUAAUUUAUCUGGAAAUUAUCUACAACAUUCUUUGGAAAUCUAUGAAUGAAAUUUCUUCCAGAAGAGUUUCAGUACAUGCCAUAUAUAUUACUGAAACAUGCUUUUACACUAUGUCCAUGUUAUGAGACUUGUGCCUUGUAAAUUAUAAUAGGCCUAUUGGGGGAGGUAAGAAACAUUGAAAGGAAAAUGUUUUUGCAAUGCUUGAUUGUGGGGUGUACUAAGAUAUAUUGUUGGCCACUAUUGGUAUUAAUUUGAAGGAGGAAAUAGCCUAAAUCCAUGUUUUAAAGUUAAGAAAAAACAGUUUAAUCUAUUUAGAAAUAUACUUGUUUAGUAAAUUUACUUGUAAAUUAGUUGCUGCAGGAAUCGAGAGAUGCGAUAUACAAU